GAGCGGGGCGGGGCAGAAGCGCGGGCGAGGGAGGCUGAGGGGGCUCGCGCCGCGCACGGGGCCGCUGCCGCCGCCAUAGUGGGAGCCGCGGGACACUCUUAGAAUGGCCUGUGGAUGGUGAAAUACCUGAGGAGCUAAAUACAUGAAUCAGUUGGUGUAAGCCACUUGCAGACAAUCCAUGUUAACAGUCACUGGCUCUGGUUGAGGAUUCAGAAUGGGAGACAAGCCUAUCUGGGAGCAGAUUGGAUCCAGCUUUGUACAACAUUACUACCAGCUUUUUGAUGCAGACAGGACUCAGUUAGGAGCAAUAUAUAUUGAUGCAUCAUGCCUUACGUGGGAAGGACAGCAGUUCCAGGGCAAAGCAGCCAUUGUUGAAAAACUCACUAGCCUCCCUUUCCAAAAAAUACAACACAGCAUCACAGCACAAGACCACCAACCUACACCUGAUAGCUGUAUACUCAGUAUGGUAGUGGGACAGCUUAAGGCUGAUGAAGAUCCUAUCAUGGGAUUCCACCAGAUAUUUCUAUUAAAGAACAUCAACGAUGCCUGGGUUUGCACCAAUGACAUGUUCAGGCUAGCACUGCACAACUUCGGCUGAGCAGCCCAUCCCGAGGCACCCGGGCUUUUUUUUUUUUUUCUUUUUUCUUUUAUUUUUUCUUUUUUUUUCUUUUUUUUUCUUCUUUUUUCUUUUUUUGUUUUGUUUUCCUCCUCUCCUCUUAACUGGUAUUACUCACACUCACGGAACAUUCCAAAUAUCAUACACAAACCUGCAGCACUGCAGAGCGUGAGCAAGCAAGACUUGUGACCUGCCCUUCUGCUGAGUUUACAUUGUCACUAGAUGAGUUUCUUGUGCAUGAUGUUUGGAAGUUAGACUUAGCUGCAUUUGAUAAGAGAAAUUUGUGUUGUACCAGCAUGCCUCGGAAAGAAUUUAUAAUGCAAAAGGUUGUUGUUUAUGUACUGACAAGAUGCUCUAUAACCCAAAGAAAUGAAAGAACAGCAGCCUGUACAGCCCAGUUAUUGAUUUGUUCAGAUGUUUCAAUGCUACAUUACACAAUAAAACAGAGAUUUUCUUAAAAGUUUAAA